AUGGGUAAAGAAAAGACUCACAUCAACGUCGUUGUCAUCGGUCACGUCGACUCCGGCAAAUCUACCACCACCGGUCACUUGAUCUACAAGUGCGGUGGUAUUGACAAACGUACCAUCGAGAAGUUCGAGAAGGAAGCCGCUGAACUGGGCAAGGGCUCCUUUAAAUAUGCCUGGGUUCUCGACAAGCUCAAGGCCGAACGUGAGCGUGGUAUCACCAUUGAUAUCGCUCUCUGGAAGUUCGAGACCCCCAAGUACUUCGUUACUGUCAUUGAUGCCCCUGGUCAUCGUGACUUUAUCAAGAACAUGAUUACUGGUACCUCUCAGGCCGAUUGUGCCAUUCUCAUCAUUGCCGCCGGUGUUGGUGAGUUCGAAGCUGGUAUCUCUAAGGAUGGUCAGACUCGUGAACAUGCUCUUCUCGCAUACACCCUUGGCGUCAGACAACUCAUCGUCGCUAUCAACAAGAUGGACACCACCAAAUGGUCUGAGGAUCGAUUCCACGAAAUCGUCAAGGAAACUUCCAACUUCAUCAAGAAGGUCGGCUACAACCCCAAGACUGUUCCCUUCGUCCCCAUCUCCGGCUUCAACGGCGACAACAUGAUCGAUGUCUCACCCAACGCACCAUGGUACAAGGGCUGGGAGAAGGAGACCAAGACCAAGUCAACCGGCAAGACCCUUCUCGAAGCCAUUGACAGCAUCGACCCUCCCACCCGACCAACCGACAAGCCGCUUCGUCUUCCCCUUCAGGAUGUGUACAAGAUUUCCGGUAUCGGCACAGUUCCAGUUGGUCGUGUCGAGACUGGUAUCAUCAAGGCCGGUAUGGUGGUCACCUUCGCUCCCGCCAACGUUACCACCGAAGUCAAGUCCGUUGAAAUGCACCACGAACAGCUCACCGAAGGUGUCCCAGGUGACAAUGUUGGCUUCAACGUCAAGAAUGUCUCUGUCAAAGAAGUUCGUCGUGGAAACGUCGCUGGUGACUCCAAGAACGACCCUCCCAAGGGUGCUGAUUCUUUCAACGCGCAAGUCAUCGUCCUGAACCACCCAGGUCAAGUUGGUGCUGGCUAUGCACCGGUACUCGAUUGCCAUACUGCACACAUUGCUUGCAAGUUCUCCGAGCUGCUUGAGAAGAUUGAUCGCCGAACUGGAAAGUCUGUCGAGGACGCUCCUAAGUUCAUCAAGUCUGGUGAUUCCGCCAUCGUCAAGAUGGUUCCAUCCAAGCCAAUGUGUGUUGAGGCAUUCACUGACUACCCACCUCUUGGUCGAUUCGCCGUCCGUGACAUGAGACAGACCGUCGCUGUUGGUGUCAUCAAGUCGGUUGCCAAGACCGACAAGGGUGGUGCUGGCAAGGUCACCAAGGCUGCCCAAAAGGCCUCGAAGAAAUAG